GACCAUUCCUGCAUAGUCGUUGUAUUCGCGCCUGUAAUGUACUACUAAUAGACGUCUUGUAACUAUAUCUUUAGCAUAGCAUAAGCGCAGCAGAGCGCAGCAUAGCACAGCACAGCACAGUCUCUUUCUUCAUCUUGCGCGCGUUGCGAUAAUCCUGUGACCAAGUCGCGACCAUGGACGACGACGAGCAUUCCACCACCUCUCCCGGCAAUGCGACGAGCACAUUAGCUGCUCCAUCAUCAUCACCACCGCCCGCGGGAGAGUCCGCAUGGAACCCAGCACAUCGACCAGACUCGGACUCGAGACCUGCGAGGACGACGUCUAGUAGAGGAGGCGACGACUUCUUCGAUCAAUUGGCGGAUCAUUCGGUAGAAGCGCCAGCGCACUCAGAGCACCCAGAGGAGGAGCAAGAUGUGGAAGAGGAAUUGCUAGAAACUCGCGCAGAGGGACAGAGCAUGCCUGUAGAGGAAACAACGGAACAGCUGGAGCACCCAACAGUAGCUUUGGCCGACGCGGAAGAAGCUCCAUCAAGCGAAGCGGCAGCGCAGGCCACGCAGGACGAUCAUGACGAUGACAGUAGCGUGCCUGGCACCACUAUAGAGGACAUCCUGGGAGACAAUGAGGCACUCGCAUACCAGCGAGAGGAGACGGCCGGGGAGCAGAAGCAGGCGCCAGAGCAUCUCACGCUGAACCCCGAUGCACUCUAUAUCAGCUCGCCGGGAAUGACUACGCCCGUAGCGCACGAUGUCGAGAUGGAGAACGAACUGGCCAAGUAUCGGGAUCAAGGCGAGUCAUAUGAGCAUCAAGGUCAUCUCACGCAGAUGGAAGAGGCUGUGGACGAAGCGCCAACGGCGCCACUUCUAGAAGAUGAGGAAGCACCUCCCACAGUGGAAGAGGAGACGUCGCAGUCUCAACGAGCACCGAGGAUGCAGGCUGUAGAAGAAGACUCUUUGCUCGAGGAUAUGGACGGUACGCCAGCAUAUGGAACACCUUUACCAAAAGCGAAAGCCAUGCUGGGUCAGAUCGAUCGUUCUUUCACGACAAACUUCAUAGAAGCUCCGGCGCGGCAUGAGGAAGAGCAGCAAGAGGAGCACGAGCAUGAGGAGCAAAGGCCUGACAGCUCGGAUUGGCCGUCAGCUGGGGAUGACAAAACGUUCGGAGAGCUUUUGGACAACGAACACUCUGCCUCAUCACAUGAUGCCCAAAGUAUGGCUGUGGAUCCGGUAUCAAAGCCUCAAAGUGACCCUUGGGGCCCUGCGGACGACGAAGAUGCGUUUGGUGAAUUGCUGGGCACCUCGCACAGUCCAGCAGCUACCGGCGUACCAGUUGCACAGUCAGAGCAGGUUUUGCCGCUUGAAGCACCAAUGACGGCUCCCGAGGACACUACGGAAGACGAUCUGGCAGCUGCCUUUGCCUCUGUUCUGCUCGAUGAUGAUAUGCUAGAAGAUCCGAAAGAUAUGGACAUGUCUGCCAUUUUUGGCGACGAUGAUCCAGGUUUUCUGGAUGAUGAGCUGCUCACAGAUACUCCACCUGUAUCGGCCCCCGCUCCAGUACUGCCGCCCGUUCACUCGAUCCCUGGCAUGCAGAGAGGGAGCAGUCCAUACAUACCGUCGGCAGCACAGUCACGGGGAUCGCAGCUCAAUUCGUAUGCAGCACCUGGCUCUUCAUUCACGCAGCAACAAAACCACGGCAGGUCAGCGGGCACUCCAUCCACUGGCCUUUACGAUGUGUAUGGUCACGGAGCUGUACAACAACAGCCACCACCUCAGCGACCGGCUGCUCAGACAGCGCAGAGUUUCGUGGACAAAGCAAAAGGAGGCUAUCAGUCGCCAUAUGAUCUUCCUAUGGACGUUGCUGCACCAAAGCAAAGACCACGACCAGCCGCUCCUGUGGCACCUCCCAGGAGUAGCAGCAUAUCUUCUUCCCACCAAAUACCACCGCCUGUCCAGCGUGCGUCUUCGGGUCCACCAGUGAGCGCAGGGUUCGUCCCCCCCGUGCCUCCGUUACCAGCUGGAAAUGGCGUUGCUGCACCAAAAGUUCCAACAAGGCAAGCUAGUGGCUUCUUUGAAGACCUCCCAGUUGUGUCCAAAGCACGAGCACGACCUUCGGGAGCAUAUACCCCACAGCCACAGUCAACGCCCCAGCACCAAUUGCCACCCCAGGGGCCAUCCGGACUCCCAAUGCAACAACCCCAAAGACCGCAAGCUCCGCCCACACCUGCACAGCAGUCUGCAUAUGGCGGUUUCACUCAGCCCGAGAAAUUGCCAUUAUUGCCAGAUGAACCAACUGCCUCCAUUUCACUGCAACCGCCAGUGGCCGCUCCCACCACGAAUCAGAGAUACUCGCCGAACACUCUGCCAGCACCAUCACAAGCACAGAACCGUUUCUCACCAGCUCCGUCAGCGCAAGCGCCCCCUGCAGGAAGCGCACGGUACUCGCCUGCUCCUCCAGCACAGGUUGCUGCCAAGAAGUAUGGUCCUGUGGCUGCAGCAGCUCCAGGUCGCCCUUCCAUCCAGAGUGCGCACUCCUUCGCUCCGAGGACGAGCAGUCCUCUGGCCUUCCAUGGUAGACCCCAGCCGGACCUCAACGAGCAGCUGCCCGCAUCGCCGCCAAAGUCGAAUGGGCGAGCAUCACCAGCGGUCAUGUCACCACAAAGGUCUGGUAGUUUGGGCUACUCGCCGAGCGCGUCGAGAGCUCCCUCACUCGGCAAUAUCGCCUCACCACCGCAGCGACCCAUGACACAGUCUCCCCCGACGCAGAUGAAGGUAUCCAAGUAUGCUGCGCAAGUGCCCACAGAAGCCCCAGCCUCCACCAUCACAUCUGCACCACCAUCGCAGCGAUCACACAUGACACAUCGCAAGCAGUUCUCGCGAGAAGUCAUCUUUGUGCCACCUCAGGAUGAACAUGCACGAGAUCCUUUGCAGAGGUGGAAGGGACAUCCAAUCUUCAAAUGGGGCGAUUCUGGGGUUGUGAUUAGCAGUCUUCCGAAGCAGACCCCAUUCUGGGCGGCAGGCGGCGGAGGAGUUCCCAGUGUCAAGUGUACGCCUGGUGCGAUCACGGUACAGCAGGCCACAACCUUCAUGCCACUGGAUGAGCUGAGUGCCAAGUUCCCAGGUCCUUUGUCUUGGAAAGCGAAGAAGAAGAAAGACGUCCUUGGUUGGAUGAGCGCGAAGAUUGAAGCUCUCCGCCAACGAGCAGACGCUGUACGCAUGGACUUUGAUGUGGAGCCAGACCUGAAGAAGCGUGUUGAUGAGAAACUUACACUGUGGCAAGUCAUGAAGAUCUUUGUGGAUCACGAUGGCAAGCUUGAGGGCGACAGGAAGAUUGAAGAAGAGCUCAGGGCUGUACUCUUGCCGAACCUUGCACAGAUGAGUCAAGCCAUGGAACUUUCAAGUCCUGUGGACACGCGCGGAGGUCUUCAAGCCGAUGGAGUAGACCGAGCUGUUGUUGUCCAGCUACGACAGGCUUUAUUAGAAGGUCAACGAGAACGCGCAGUCUGGCUUGCUGAGGAGAAGAAGCUGUGGGGGCAUGCAAUGCUCAUUGCAUCCACGAUGGGUCCCGAAACGUGGCAGCAGAUUGUCCAGUCCUUCGUGCGGUCUCAGGUGAAGACGGUUGGAAGCGAUGCGCGAAGUCUCGCUGCACUGUAUCAAGUCUUUGCAAACAAUGCCGAGGAGUGCGUAGAUGAGCUCGUGCCACCGUCCGCACGCGCCGGUUUCCAGAUGAUGUCAAAGACUGAGGGAGCGGUGUCUAAGAAUCCGCUCGAAGGACUGGACCAGUGGCAAGAGACACUCGGCCUCAUUGCCAGCAAUCGCACACCUGCUGAUGGCAAUUCUCUCCUUGCUCUUGGCAAACUGCUGAGCGGCUAUGGUCGUGCAGAGGCUGCGCACACGUGUUUCCUCUUCGCACGAGUGCUGGCCAAACAUACUGGUGCAGAUGAUCCAGAGGCGACCUUCGUCCUGCUGGGCGCCAAUCACCAGCGACCGGAAGAGUCUUUGGGCAGCGAUCUUGACUCAAUCAUCCUCACGGAGAUCUACGAGUGGGCAUUGUCGCUCUCACAACACAGAGCCGAAUACAUUCCUCACUUACAGGCCUAUAAACUAAAGCAUGCACAAGAAUUGGCCGCUGCUGGACUCACAUCCCAGGCCCAAGCAUACUGCGACCAUAUCACCAAAGCAUAUCAAUCCACAACGAAGCCAUCACAAUACUACCAUCCGACAUUCACACAGACAGUGGCUGACUUGAGCGCAUUCUUGUCACAGACACCCCAGACUGGCCCACAGGGUCUGCUAUCGAAAGUCUCAUCAGCCAAGGUGUCGUCGAGUGCUUCCAGCUGGUUCACCAAGUUCGUGUCCGGAGACGAUGAUCAAACAUCGAAUGCCUCUGGCGCAGGCAGUGAUGCUGUCGGUCCGUUUGGUGGCGUGAAUGGAGACUCUCCUGACAUCAGUCGUGUUGGGUCGAGCUCCGACAUGCACCAGGUGUUCAACCCGAUGAUGGGCAGUGGCGUGCCGACUUAUGGCCAACCCGGAGUGUCCGCACUCACCCAACAAUUCCAGCCGUCAUCUGCACCCAUGCAGCAAUACCAGCCGUCUCCAGCGUCAGGUAGCAGCAGAUAUGCACCUGGUGGAACAGCCAGUGGUCACAAGUACGCACCAAUGUCUGCAGGCAGCUUGAGCUCGAAUGAACAGCGUCCAGGAACAUCCUCUUCACGAUCGUAUGCGCCAUCACCCCAGCCCUUGUCUGUGCCCAGGCCCGAGAUAUAUAAAUCCACGUCCGACGACAGCAUACCAUAUGGCAAUGACUCGAGGAGAGGUUCGGGCCAGUUUUCUAGUGGCAGCUACGAGCCGCGACCUCUACUUGCAGAGCAGCCAGUCUCACAUUCCUACUCUCCACUCGUACAACAUCAAGAGUCAACACCGUAUGCCCCACAAUCUACAUUCAGCGAUACGCCGAACGGGUUGCCAACAAGUGCUGUGGGCCAGUCCGAAGAAGAUGGCGGAAACAGCUAUGCACCUCCCGCUGCCAGUGGAUAUGACCCAGGCAGCAGCUAUGGCUACGAGCCACCUGCAUAUGUGCCGUACGAGCCAGAGCCCGACACCGAGGAGCCUGAAGCCAAGCCCAAGCCCAGGAGAGGCAUAAUGGACGACGACGACGAUGAUGAUAUCUUAGCCCGUGCUGCUGCUAUCAAGACUUCCUCGCCGGCGCCCUCUGCGGGCAUGUCCAAAUCUGAAGCGGAUCGUCUCGCAGACGAAGCCUUCCGAAAGGCCGCGGAAGCAGAUGCUGCGCGCGAUGCCGACAAGAAAGGCAGCGAGAAGAAAGGCUGGGGCAUUGGACUUGGAGGUUGGUUUGGAGGCAAAAAGGGCGCCGACCAAGGUAUGCCACAACAACAAUCCGGACCCAUCAAAGCCAAACUUGGAGAAGAGAAUUCCUUCUUUUUCGACAAAGACCUGGGAAAAUGGGUCAACAAAAAAGAUCCCAAGGGAGCUGAGACCGCCUCGGCUGCAACUCCUCCUCCACCAAAGGGUCCUCCGAGUAGGAAUGUCAGUAGUGGUGCCAUGAUGAUGGGUCCACCAUCAGGACCUCCCAGUCGAAUCACAUCCGGAUCUGGUGGUCCUAUGAAAAUCCCCCCUACAUCCUCCUCGAUUGCUGGUUCGGGACCUCCUUCGAGAGUUGGUACGCCCGCUGCUGGUACUCCACCUACUUCUUCUGCAUUGACCAACCCGGCUAUUUCUGCUCUGAAUGGUGGUGGAUUAAUGCAACCUCCUAGUCGACCUGGCACGAGUUUGUCCAAUGCGAGUAGUAUUGAUGAUUUAAUGGGUGGGCCGCCUGUUCCUAGAAAAGGCGGGACAUUGAAGAAGGGGAAGAAGGGAGGGAGGUAUGUGGAUGUUAUGGCUAAAUAAAUCAGAGGCGUUGUUCUUGCUCAAGGCGACGAUGAGAGAACGAGAGAGGUUUGGUGAGCUUGCCGAGCUUCGCGCUCUCUUGCAGCUUGUGCAUUGUGGUCAAUUCCCGGCGUUCCUGGUUGAGCUGUCUCCGGCUGGUUUUGCUUAGGAGCGAGCGAGAAGUGUAGAAGGGCUAUGACAUGCAACGUGUGUGAUAAGUAUAUAGAGCAGCAUCAUGGUUGUUGUUGGCAUGUAAAAUGUUGUACGAUACGUUCAUCUUUAUUAAUACAUGUACGAUUCUUC